AUUCUCCAUUGGUUGAUCAGUUUGACCGCAGCUGACAAAAAAGCCAAAACCCAAAGGAGCGGGAAGUAACUAACUUAACUAAAAAUAACUACUUAAGUCAGUCCGUUUAUAAGAGUCAGAGCCUCUCUCAUAAAGACUCACUCUUCUUCACCUUUUUCCUCUAUUGCGAAGAGCACUCAGAAUUCUCAAUUCUCAAACCAGAUUUGCUGUUAGCUCCCAGAUCUCAAUCUCUCAAAACCGAACUUCUCUCUCAAGGAAGUUACAGAACGCUCCCAUGGACGAUUUGGAUGAUUUCGAUGUUGAUCCUUGGGUGGAGAACUGUGUUAGAGAAAUGCAGAAUUCCUUGAAUGAACAUCAGGCCAGAGCUCGUAGUAGAAGAUUGUUGGAGGCUUUCAUCACAACCUAUAGUAAACUAGCAUGGAGUAAUGCUGAAUCUGUGGGUUCUCAUUGCGAAAAUUUGCAGGGACUGAUUGAAGGAGCUUGUAUGCAAAUUAAUAAUCUCAAGCAAGCACAGGAAGCCCAACUUGAACGUGAGAAAGAGCUUGAAAAUCGGAACUUGGAGGUGCAAUAUCUGAAGCAACUGGUGCCCGAAUACCAGAGUCGGCUGAGAGCAUUAGAGGAGGAAAAAAAUGAAUUGACAAUGCAACUACAACAGGCUCAGCAAAGCGACUCCAACCCAAGGGGCUUCCGUGCACCCUGAUGCCUUCUAUCGAUUCUUGGAUACGUUAAUUUGGCCUAAUGGAUGCAUAGAUAGUAUGUUAGUAUGUGAGUGCUUUCAACUGCUGUGAAAAUGGUUGUGCUAUUUAUCUGUGGGCACUAGAAAGGGUGUCUGCUGUCCCAAUUUCUCUGCGGGGUUUUCCUGAUCCUCUCUUAUGUAGGCAGUGAUGAAAGACACAUUUAGUUUCAUUUGAAUACACCACCAUUAAGGAUUACUUCUCUUUACAGUUCGUGUCCUUGAUUUCAAUAUUGAACUUUUUUUUGGUAAAUAAUUUCAAUAUUGAAAUUGAUGCACAUCAUAGGUGUUUGUAGGUAAAAGUGACUUCAAGAUCAAAUAAAGUAAUUGUAAAAAUAUACCUUGAUAAAGAGAUUAAUGGUGCUUAUAUAUCUCUAUC